AUGAAGUCGGCAUCAUUGACUGACUCUGCUGCAACGUUGGCUUUCCAUGAGCCAUCGGACGGUGAAAUUGGCCGACAUGCUGGCACCUUGCAGAAGGGAAAGAUCGAUCAGAAGCUCGGAGCCGGCUGCUUUUCUGCCCAGUUGAUUGUGUCUGGUGUUAAUGAUAGAAACUCGGACUUCGUGCGCGGCGGCGAAUUCCACAACGGUCACGACAUCCGCGAGGCACAUCUCAUCCACAAGAACCGGAUCCAUGGUUCUCCGAGUCACUUCGGUCUGCGCUUUGACUGGGCGUUCUUACUGCUUGCUACCAGCAGUUAA